UCCCCCGGCCCCCUCGGUGCCCGCGGCCGGCCCAGGCAGCACUCGCAGGCAGCGGCGGCCGCGGCCGGCGGCCGGGUUGGGAGAAUGCGGCGGCGCUCGCGGAUGCUGCUGUGCUUCGCCCUCCUGUGGGUGUUGGGCAUCGCCUACUACAUGUACUUAGGGGGCGGCUCCGCGCUGGCCGGGGGCGCUGGGGCCGGCGCCGGCAGAAAGGAGGACUGGAAUGAAAUCAACCCCAUUAAGAAGAAAGACCUUCAUCACAGCAAUGGAGAAGAGAAAGCACAAAGCAUGGAGACUCUCCCUCCAGGGAAAGUACGGUGGCCAGACUUUAACCAAGAAGCAUACGUUGGCGGGACUAUGGUCCGCUCUGGGCAGGACCCCUAUGCCCGCAACAAGUUCAACCAAGUGGAGAGUGACAAGCUGCGAAUGGACAGAGCCAUACCUGACACCAGACAUGACCAGUGUCAGCGGAAACAGUGGAGGGUAGAUCUACCGGCCACCAGCGUGGUGAUCACAUUUCACAAUGAAGCCAGGUCGGCCUUGCUGAGGACAGUGGUCAGCGUACUUAAGAAAAGCCCACCCCAUCUCAUAAAAGAGAUCAUCCUGGUGGACGACUACAGCAACGACCCUGAGGACGGGGCCCUUUUGGGGAAAAUUGAGAAAGUGCGGGUCCUCAGAAAUGAUCGGCGAGAAGGCCUGAUGCGCUCAAGGGUCCGGGGGGCUGACGCUGCCCAAGCCAAAGUCCUGACCUUCCUCGACAGUCACUGUGAGUGCAAUGAGCACUGGCUGGAGCCCCUCCUGGAGAGGGUAGCCGAGGACAAGACUCGAGUUGUGUCACCCAUCAUUGAUGUCAUUAACAUGGACAACUUUCAGUAUGUGGGGGCAUCUGCUGACCUGAAGGGCGGUUUUGAUUGGAACUUGGUGUUCAAGUGGGAUUACAUGACACCUGAGCAGAGAAGGGCCCGGCAAGGGAAUCCAGUUGCCCCAAUAAAGACCCCCAUGAUUGCUGGUGGGCUGUUUGUGAUGGAUAAGUUCUACUUUGAAGAACUGGGGAAGUAUGACAUGAUGAUGGAUGUGUGGGGAGGAGAGAACCUGGAGAUCUCCUUCCGCGUGUGGCAGUGUGGUGGCAGCCUGGAGAUCAUCCCGUGCAGCCGCGUGGGUCACGUGUUCCGGAAGCAACACCCCUACACCUUCCCAGGGGGCAGUGGCACUGUCUUUGCCCGCAACACCCGCCGGGCAGCAGAGGUCUGGAUGGACGAAUAUAAAAAUUUCUAUUACGCAGCAGUGCCUUCUGCCAGAAACGUCCCCUAUGGAAAUAUUCAGAGCAGACUGGAGCUUAGGAAGAAACUUAGCUGCAAGCCUUUCAAAUGGUACCUUGAAAAUGUCUAUCCAGAAUUAAGGGUUCCAGACCAUCAGGAUAUAGCUUUUGGGGCCUUGCAGCAGGGAACCAACUGCCUCGACACUUUGGGACAUUUCACUGAUGGUGUUGUUGGAGUUUAUGAAUGUCACAAUGCUGGGGGAAACCAGGAGUGGGCACUGACGAAGGAGAAGGCAGUGAAGCACAUAGACCUGUGUCUCACUGUGGUGGACCGCGCGCCUGGCGCCCUCAUAAAGCUCCAGGGCUGCCGAGAGAAUGACAGCAGACAGAAAUGGGAACAGAUCGAGGGUAACUCCAAGCUGCGGCACGUGGGCAGUAACCUGUGUCUGGACAGCCGUACAGCCAAGAGUGGCGGCCUGAGUGUGGAGGUGUGUGGUCCAGCCCUCUCCCAGCAGUGGAAGUUCUCCCUCAACCUGCAGCAGUAGGCAGCUGAAGGGCCCCACCGUCCUGCCCCCUGCACCACUGGGUGGAGUUCAGCAAUCACGUUAUUGAUUAUGUUUCUUAAACUUUCCGCGAAACUAUAUACCUCAGUAUUCCAUCAUGGUCUGAAAGUUGGAGAACUUGAGCAAGGCACAAGGGGGCCAUGCAGACACGGCCGUGGUGAGUGCAGAAAGUCACUCACCUGUCCUGGGAUGCAGCCAGGUCCCUUCCUAGAGGCUGCAGCCACCCUCCUUCUCCCAGCUGCCACUUCCUCCUUGCUCCACAGCUGAGCAGCACCAGCCAUGUCCAUGACCCAGGGCGGCCAGCGGAGAUGCCACAGAAGGCAGCAUGCUCGUUGGAGGACAGGGAGGGAGAGGGACACGCGUGCCCUGUCCCAGCGAGAAGAACUCUUUUGAAAUCUCCAUUUCAAAGAAAAGUCACAAGUGGUUUCCACAAAGCCGAAUUUUAUCAUUUUGCAGGUUUAUGUUGGUUGCUCCUUUCUCUAUCCUCACCCCCCUCCUUCCUGUCCAAACUCUCCCCUCCCCACCUAAGGUACCUGCUAUAUUUGAAUAUGGACUUUUCUGUGGUGGGACACUAAAUACAAAUCUCUACCAAGGAAGAAUGUACGGUCAGUUCCCUGAGGUUUCUGUAGGUCCCCAUCAUAGUGUAAAUUCCCCACACUGCUGCUCACAGCCUUGUAGCAGGAGGGGCCAGAGCCCAGUGGGAGGGGGAAGUGGCUUCCUCUGUUCCCAGAGCCUCACUGGCCAGGCAGGGCUGCUGGAACUGGCUGAGAGGUUUUCCUGGACCCCCAGCCUUGCCUGUGGACAUCUCUGUAGGGCAUCAGUGUGGGGGUCACUGCUAUUGGUAUCCAGUCUGUACUCCUGGCAUCUGUAGAGCUGGGUGGUUUACUUAUUUUGACAAAUAAUUGCUUUGGGUCUUUUUUUACAUUAAAUUUCUUUUCUCUAAGGAAUGUAAAAGCAACCCCACAGCUCCCAGAGUAAGCUGGCAGGACCUCUGCUGCUGUGUAACAGGACAGACCCACGAUGCUGCCACACACAGGCACAGGGCGAGUCAUGGUGCAAGCCCUCCAUGGGCCUCGGGAUGAGGUGAGCACUGGGAGGACGGCAGUCAGGUCGGCCCAGCGUCACUGCUGUCCUAGUGCGCUCCAGCCAGGCAGCGAGCCGUGCCUGACCCACCCUUGCUCUCUCCCAUGCCCCUGCUGGUGAAGGCAAGUCUCUAGGGGACUUUGGGAAAAGAAUAGGCAAGGUCAGAGGCCUGCUUGUGGAGGGCAAGGAACAAGCAAAGUCAAAGGCCUGCCUGCUCAUAGAUACUGAGGAUUCGGGGCAGUAGGAUCCCAGUGGUCCCAUAUAAGCUACAGACAGCUGUGAACUAAAGUCAUGAUGGGAAGAGAUGCUGGGUAUUUGCUGUGUGCUCAGAAAUGUUCUUCCAGAGCCCCUGUGGCUUUGCCGUGUCCCCACAGCCAAGGGCAGACCAGCCACAGCCCCACUGAAUGGCUACUCGGUCAUUCCCAAGGUCACUAUGUUGCGUCCUUGUGCCCCCUCACCCACACACACAGAUGCUCAAUCCUAGGCUGACCCAGCCUGACAUCUUUAGGCCCCUUUGCAGGGACCUUGGAGGUCAUAGACUCAGAAGUGGCUUCAGGAGGUUUCUGCUAGCACCGGCCUCUUUCCUACCUGUUUCUUGUAGGAAAAGGACAGUUGCUGGUGUUUGUUCACCCAAGAACCCCCCAUGUGUGCACCGUGGUACAGAGGUACCCGCGGUGGAAGCCUGGCUGGGGACAGUUCUGUGUCUUCUCCUUUUUUGCCUCUUGCUAAGCAACCAGAUGUGUUUUGGCAGACAGUGCAGCCCUCAGCUGGAUUAACUCUGUGUGCUUCUGUCUGCCAGAGCAGGCUCUGGGGAGAGGAGAGGGAAAGUCACUCUUAGUGCAGGAGUGCUGAGCGCAGGGCAGAGUACCUGUCCUUGUGUGUAGCUCCAAGCACCUGGGUUCUGUUGUCAGACCCCAUCGCCUGUGAGCUACUGCUGUUAGAGGAAAAAUACCAUUGAUGUAAAACAAAUUUGGCUUGUUUUUUAAUCAGGUUUUUUGAUCAAUCCUUUGCCCACGCACCUCCACCCUCCCAACCCCCAGAGUCUUAUUAGCCUUUGCACCAUCAGGACACAUCUACCCAACCCCUUGUGCUGGCCACGCCACACAGGACAGCUUCGGGUGGUGUGGGCCAGAAGCAAGGGUGGGCUGGGGAGGGGUCUUUUGCGGUGAGCUAUGUUUACAUGACACAGUGUGCCAAAGUGACUUACUGUGGUUGCAUUAUUUUUUAGUCAUUGGGACUGUCCCACCUUCCCACUCCUGUUUUUAAAACUAAAAAUUCUUUCCUAAGAGCCCUUUGAGCAAAGCGUGACAAAGUCAGCUGUCUUCUCUGUGGUGGUCUUUCUCACGUCUCAUAAAAGCUGAAAUGAUGGUAUCUGUGAGUAUGUUUUGCAAACUCAAAAUAUAGUUUGGUAAUUUUUUUUUCCAGUUGAUUUUUAAAAAGAACUGCUGUACAGAGCUUGUACUUUGUCCAUUUUAUAGAUGGAAACCAUCCUUGAAAAUUGUUUAACUUAAAUAAAGAGAAGAUACUUUAUAGAUAA